CCAGGUUCAAAAUCACUGCAACAUUUCAGCCUCGCCCCUUCACCAUUGCUGAAGUAACAGAAAACAGCAUCAGGGUCACCUGGAAAGAAGCAGGUGGCAAUAAAGACGGCUACAUUAUCAGCAUCAGUCCUGACACUGGUGUCACCAACUCCACCGAAAGUGUAAAGACCGGAGACCCACUGGAACACACCUUCACUGGUCUGACAGCAGGAACUGAGUACACCAUCAGUGUUGUAACUGUCAAUGACGGUGCACAUAGUACGGCAAGGACAGAAACGCAAAGAACAAUUGUAGCCCAGCCUGGCGCCGUAAACAUUGCUGAGGUGACAGAAAACAGCAUUGGAAUCACCUGGACUGAAGCGGCUGGCAAAACGGACAACUACAGGAUCAGCAUCUCUAAUACUGAUGGUGUCACCGCUCAUAGUGCAAUUGUGAAUGCUAAAUGCACACUAGAACACACCUUCACUGGUCUGACUGCAGGAACUGAGUACAUCAUCAGUGUUGUAACUGUCAGUGCCGGGGAGAACAGUAUGGCGAGGAUAAAGACACAGAGGACAAGAUCUGGAAAAUGGCCUAUGGUGCUGCUGCUCAAUGAUGAGUAUGGGACCAGAAAGGGUGGUAUAUCCACAGUCAACCGCCAGAUUGGGUGCUUUCUGGCUUCAAAAGGAGCAACAGUCCUUUGCACAGUCCUGAAUGCCACACAACAAGACAAGCACGACGCGGCUGCUGAUGGAAUUCGGCUGGUUUUCCCAACAACGUUUGAGCGUGAUCCAAGAAAGGCAGAGCUCUAUUGGCUGACCUUUGAUCACCAGACCCGAUAUCCAGACCUUCCCUCACACGUAGACUUCAUCGUGGGCCACGUACACAUCACGAGCCAUGCAGCAAGACGGAUCAAGGAACGCUUUCCUGACGCCAAGCUUGUCCAGGUCACCCACGUGAUGCCAGAGGACACCAGUCAGUACAAGGGUGACGAGAGCGUGUUGAGCAUCGGAAAGGAGAGUCGCAACAUUCUGGAUGACCUACGACAUACUGAUGUUAUGUUCUCGGUCGGUCCAUUGAUAUAUGACUACUACAGGCAUCAGACGAAUCAGCUAACACUACAACAUCACGAACUCUUGCCAAAGCCGUCUGACAUCUUCAUCGAUAUGAAACUGAAGCCACCCGUUGACACGGAAACGAAAGUAGUGCUGUCCAUCGGCAGGGUCAAGGGCGUGGAGAAGCUGAAAGGGGUUGAUCUAGCUGCAAAUACCAUGGGCCAUGUAAUCAAAGCCCUACCCCACACGAAGUGGCGGCUUCGCGGCAUCAGACGUGACGAUUUUCAAGCAAGCAGAAGCAUCAUCGAAGCAAACACGGGUAGAUUCCAGUUCGUACCCUUCACUCCCCUUGAGUACGCUACACAGGAGGAGCUGUGCGAGGACAUGGAAAAGGCCGAUGUCGUCCUGAUGCCGUCUCGUGCAGAGCCAUUCGGACUGGUUGGUCUGGAGGCCAUUGCCGCAGGUGUGCCAGUCGUGGUUUCCAACAAAUCUGGUCUUGCAAAGUUCCUGACGAAACAAGAUCCCGAGUUUGACCGCACGAUCGUAGAGAUCGAUGAUGACGACGAUGAAGCCGCGAAAACACUGUCUAAGCGCGUCAUCAAGAUCCUGACGGAUGGGCCCAGAGAGUUUAGGGCCGCACAAAGUUUGAAGAAGAAGCUUCUGGACUCAGAGUACUGGGCUGCAUCACACAGGAAGUUCCUCCAAACAUUUGGCCUAGAGGGCUGAGCUUUUAACCACAGAGUUUUAAGUUUCACCUAUUGACAAUUGACAGUUCCACUCAAUCUGGAUUCAUGUUACUGGCCUCAAAACCCACAAAUGUACUCGUCUCCGGGUCAGACUUCAUGUUAGAUAUAUGAGUGAACAGGUGUAUGCCUAUUCCAUAAGCCAUCAAUUUUAUUAUGGCUGUGCGAUUUAUGCAGACCAAUGGGUAUCUGAAUAAAGUAUCAAAUGUUCAUAUCAACCUGGUGAAAUGACUCAGAUUGCAGUACUCUACAAAUGCUCAUUCGGAACUGCUGUAAACAUAAUGAGAACAAUCAACAUUCCAUAUGAGAUUGUACACACUAUAGCUACAAGCUCUGCCCUUUACUUGUGGUAUUGCUAUGCAACAAUAGAUUCCAUACUACUAAUGUAUAUUAGGAUUUGAUACUACAGAUUUUCCAGUUAGUUAAGUUGACAUGCUUUAGAUGCUUUGAAUUUGAUUCUAUUGUACAUUGAAUUUUAUAUACAGUAUUCUAGUAAGUGUAUGUUUUAAUGUCUGAAGAUGACGCUGACGCUCCAGUUUGGAUGAUGAUUGUGUUUUAGAGUUGUCUUUAAAAUUGAACGUCAUAUUAUUGCAGAUGUACAUUCAUUCAGGUUUGAAUUUGUUUUUUUUCUGUAAAAAAGAAGGCGUUUAGAACCAAUUAUAGAUUACAGAGACAUGUUAGUGAAUAAGCAACUUAAAAAUUAAGGUUUGAAAUAGAUAUGAGAAAGCUGAAUGAUAUCGCUAAAUGAAGAAUAAAAUGGAACACAAAAAAGUGCA